UAAUGUGGUUAUGUUUUUUUUUUUGUUGUAUACUUACGAGUGACUUUUAGUGAUGAUGAUGAUGAUGAAAUGACCUAGUUUGUUUUGGCUUUAAAACUCGAUAUAUAUAUACGAUAUCAUUUUUUGUGUACGUAUUUUUGUUGUACUAUACAAUCAAUUUGUGUUUGUGUGUGUGCGUGUGCAUUUGAAAGAUUUUUUUUCCCAGUAAUUUUACUGAAGAUUAUUGUUCAGAAUACAGAGUGUUGUAAAGAUUUGUGUGUGUGUGUGUGUGUAUGUAUUUUGUUUAUUGUAACUUGACAAAACUAACGAAUCUAAGAAUCCAUUUAAAUGUGAAAAAUAAUGGAAUCGAUAAUGCCGAAAACAACAACAACAACAACGGUUGUGGUUGCCGUUCCAUUAUUGGAUAUGGUCAAACCACAACCACCACCGCCAUUAUCAUCAAUAAAGGUUAAUCAUCAAACAUCAAAAAUGAAUACGGGUAAACCGAAAAAUAAAAUGACCAAACGAAAGAAUUCAGAAAAACGUAAAGAAAAAUCUCGAAAAGCAGCACGUGAACGCCGUAGUCAAGAGGCAAAAUUAUUCGAUAGUAUUGAAGAAAUAUUGCCAGUACCGACAAAAAUAUUGGAUCAUUUGGAUAAAGCAUCAUUUAUACGGAUAGCUAUAAAUUAUCUGAAAAUACGUUCAGUAAUUGAACCAUUCAAUGUGAACAACAACAACAACAACAACAAUGGUAUUGGUACAUUGAAUCAAUUUGAAAAUAUGACAAUGGACAAUUCAUUAUUGAAUACAUUGAAUGGAUUUUUAUUUGUACUUUCUAAAAAUGGUGACAUUAUUUAUUUAUCUGAAAAUGUUGAACACUAUCUUGGCCUGAAUCAGAUUGAUUUAAUGGGUCAAUCCAUUUAUGAUUAUAGUCAUCCAUGUGAUCAUGAUGACAUUAAAUCACUUUUACAGCCAUCAAUUGUUGCAUUUAAUGCAACUAAACAGACAUUAUCGUCAUCAUCAUUGGAUUCAUUAUCAAUAAAAACAGAACCAGUAAAAAAAGACGUAUCAUCAUCAACAACAACGAAAUCACCAUCGACCUCAUCAUCAUCAUCAUCAUCAUUGUUGAAUAAUGAAAUACUUGGCGAUACAAUUGGACCAUAUUUCAUACGUAUGAAAUGUACACUCACAAAUAAGGGUCGAAAUUUAAAUCUUAAAUCAGCCAAUUAUAAGGUAAUCAAAUGUCAAGGACGUAUGAUCAAUUUGGAACAGGUGAAUCCUGUACAUGCAAAUUUAAUUGGUGAAAAUUAUCGUCAUUAUAUGAUUGUUGUUGCUGAAGUUAUACAGCAUCCUAUACGGAUGGAAAUACCAUUAAAAAGUGAUGUUUUUAUAUCGAAACAUUUACCAGAUAUGAAAUUCUCUUAUGUAGAUGAAAGUAUCAAACAACUUUUUGGCUAUAAUGUUAAUGACUUGAUUGGCACAUCAUUUUAUCAUUAUUUUGAUGGCAAUGAUUGUAAACAGCUUAACAUUCUGUUCAAAACAUUGUUCGCAAAAGGACAGUGUGAUUUUGGUAAAUAUAAAUUUCUUGCAAAAACUGGUGGCUAUCGUUGGAUAUCAACACAAGCAACGGUUAUAAAUGAACCAAAUUCAACCAGACCACAAAGUAUUAUUUUGAUACACCAGGUUAUUAGUAACAUUGUGAAUGGUCAUCUAUUGACUUCGGAUGUACAAAAACCACAACAACAACAACAAUCGACGAUUAAUAGUGGAAUUCGAUCCGAUAUCGCUGCUUGUACUACUAUUGUUUGCAAUAAUAAUACAAAAUUAUCAUCACCAAUUAUAAAUGUUGUUGAUAAAAAUAAUUCGUUAACAGCAUCAACAUUGACACCAUCACUUAAUCAUUCGGUUGUUAGUACAACAAGUUCGAUUAUUGAAUCGUCAAUCAAACAACAACAGCAAACGAUUGGUCAACAAAAUUCAUCAUCAUCUGUUUCUUCUGUAUCAUUGGUUUCUGUUCCAGAAUUGGGCAAUAUUGCAUGUCCAUCAUUGUCAUCAGUUUCAGCAUCUACAACAACAGAAGCAUUGGUUCCGGUUUUAACAAAUGAUCAACAUCCUCCAUUGAUAUCGCCACCAUUACCGUCAUCAACAAAUUCUUCGUUGCCAUCGUUUAUUAUUAAAAUUGAAGAAGAAGAAAAACAAGAUCAAGAAUUCGAAACACAGCAGUUGCAGCAAAAACUUUUAUUUGAACAACAACAGCAGCAACAACAACAACAACAGCUUGUCGAAUCGAUCUGUCAGCCUCAAUCAAUAACUGAUCAAUUCAUAUCAAGUACAGAACAAGUGUUGGCACCUAAAACGGCCGACAUGGAAAGUGGUUUUCUUGUUUUCACUGAAGAUAAUAAUGGUCUUACCGUAUUGAAUGAUGCUGAUGAUUUAACACAUUUAGCACCAGAUGCUGGUGAUCUUUGUGUACCAAUGUUUCCUGAUAUGGAUUUUACAGACAUGAAUCUUUUUGAUGAAAUAUUUUUGAAUAGUUCUUCAUUUAAUAUAUCGGCUAAUGGUGGUGUAUUAUCUGAAGAUGAAUUUCUUAAUAAUCUUGUAUCAUUAGAUACAAAUGGUAAUGAUAAGCUCAAAUUGGAUAGCCUGGAUAAUUUUAGUAUGGAAUUUGAAAAUCAAUUUAUGAUGAAAAAAUUUCCAUCAUCAGAAACAUUUGCCGAUAUAAAUAAUCAUCAUCAUCAUCAUAAUAAUAAUAAUCAUAAUCAUAAUCAUAAUUCGAUAAAAGAUUCAUUAAAAACUAAUGGACUAGAUUGUAAUUCAAAUGAUCCAUUCUUAUCGUUUACAAAUGAUGAAUUUUAUUAUCAAAUUCAUCGAAUACAUCAUUCAUUAGUUCAUAUGAUUUUAAUGAAUUGUUCAUCAUCAUCAUCAUCAUCAUCAUCGUCUUCAUCAUCAUCGUCAUCGUCUUCACAAUAUUCACCAAAAUCAAUAUCUGAUGAUUCAAUGGGAAAAUUAUGUGAUAAUAAUAAUAAUAAUAAUAAUAAUAAUAAUAUGAAUGAUGAUAAAGAUUUAGAGAUGCGUGCACCCUUUAUACCAAUCGAUGAUGAUUAUUUAUUGAAUGAUUUUCCAUGUUCAAAUCUGGAUGAUCUUUUUGAUUGGAUUUCAAAUACAAAUAAUAUUAAUAACGAUGGCAAUAAUAAUAAUUUAACAAUGACAAACAACAACAAUGUUAAUGGUGGCAAUAAUAAUAAUAAUAUAAAAUUUAAUGGUUUCAAUGAUCAAUUCAAUCGACAACAACAACAACAACAACAAUCUUCAAUAACUAAUAAUAAUAAAUCAAGUCUUCCAAAAUUGAAUAGUGGUUGUCUGGAAGCAUUAUUACAAAACGAUCAACUUAUCUGUAAUAUAAAAAACAAGAUUUAUAGCUCAUCAAAUCAGUUAUUGAAUCAAACAUCAACAAUAAAUAAUCAUAAUAAUAAUUUAAAUCGUGAACAAUUUCAACAACAAUUGCAGGAAAGACAACAACAAAUUCUUGAAUGUUCAUUACAACAACAACAACAACAGCAGACAAACAUUGGUACACAACAAAGUAGUAGUAGUAGUAGUAGCAAUAAUCUGACAACAUUUUCAAAUGAUAAUCGUUCAACAACAACAACAUCAACAACAACAAUACCUACAACAAUGAAACGUAAAAAUAGUAAUAUCUAUGUUUAUACAACAAUGACACAAACAGGUGAAAAAAAGAUUAAGAAUCUUAUAUUAACACCGGAUAUACCGGCACAAAAAAUGUUGAUCAAUAAUAAUGGUAAUAAUAAUGGUUGUGGUAAUGGUACUAGUAUAAAUGGAUUACCAAAUGCUGCUGGAAACACCACCGGUACAGCAUCUAUACAUCAUUUUGUAUUGACCAAAAAUAAUGAACUUAUACCUAAAGUUGCAUUUAUUAAUCAUCAACAACAACAACAACAAUUUAAAGUUCCAAAACAACAAAUGGCAACAACCAAUACUACAACGGCCAUUAAUAUUGCAUCAAUAACACAGCAACAACAACAACAACAACAACAACGGCAAACAAAUGAAAUGAUAAUCAAAGAAAAUGUGUUCAAAAAACCACGAUCUGAUUCGACGAUCAAAAAUUUCUCAUCAAAUAGUGUGUUACUCAAUCUAUUGGUCAAUGGAUCUGAUCUAAACAAUGGUUAUGAAUUAACCAGUUCAGCCAAUAAUAAUAAUAGUAAUGGAUCAUCAAAUUCAUCAUCACCAUUAUCAUCACCAUCUUCUUCAACAUCAACAUUAUCACCACCAUCAUCAUCAUCAUCAUCAUCGCCAUCGUUGUUCAAUAGCCCAAUAUCGAUUAAAUUAUCAUCAUUGGAUUUAAUAUCAGCCAAUACUAAUAAUAAUUGUUUUUUGGUAAACAACACCAAUAGCCAUCAAAAUUUACAUCAUCAUACUGCGGGUACAAUGAUUGAAAAUCAUUUAUAGUAUGCUCAAUAUUUCAAUUCAAAUUCAACA